AUUAAGUACGGGGGUUCUUGUUUUAGAAUGAUUGUGUGCUGUACCAACCACAUUUUGUAUGUUGCAAUUUAUUUCUAAUCUUUAAAAUUUUACUUUACGGAGCCAUGCUGGAUGAAUCUCAGGGACCUUCUUUGCCAUCAAGCCCAUAUGGCACUUUACGUUCAAUCACAGCCAAAUCAGCUGAAAAAGAGAAGACAAAUAAAGAGCAUUUGGGAAAUUUUAACACAGGAUACGUAAAUAUUGAUGAAUAUUAUUUACAUCGCACAGGAAUUCGCGGAAAAAAGAUUAAUGCAUUAAAUUUUUGCCUGUUUCUUAUAUGUCUAUCUAUAAUAACAAACUUGGCGUUAACUUUCCUAUUGAUAUCUGUUUUACGCAUAUCUGAAACUGGUAUGGCUGCUAUACGUUUUGGUAGUGAUCUUAUGACUGUAAAGCAGAGUUUUACAGUUGAAGGUGCUUGCGAUAUUGACAGCGCCCUCUACAGUAAUCCACAUACUAAUUUGAAGAUUGAGUUGGAGGGAAAUGAAUCUUUUGAAAUGCUAACGUUUUACGAGAACUCUGGAAGCAAAGUCAUUAUAAAUGAGAAUGGAAUUAUAUUACGGGUGGCUGAUUCAUUUAAAAUUGUGAAUGAUGAAGGUGAAAUAGUUUUUACAAGCAACUACAGUGAACAGUUACGAUUACCAAAAGUAAAUAACUUAAAGGUUAAGCAGUCGAAAGCCAACCAUAUCAUUAAUUAUGGUACCGGAAUAACAAUUUCUUCAAAACUCAGCUCUUACUUUGAUGCUGAAGACAUUGAAUACGAUGGAGGAAAUUUUCAGGCUAUUUCCAAAGACUUGGAUAUAGAGACAAAGUCUUCUUUGAUCCUUCAAGCCUCUUCCUUUAGUGGAAAAACUCUACCAAUAGCAAAAAUAACAAAUGGAAAUUCAUCAAAAUAUGCCGUUCAACUGUGUGUUUGCAUGUAUAGCGGUAAACUGAUAGCAAUGACAGCAGAAUCUGGUUGUAUCUUUACAGAAGCCAAGAACUGUUAA